GGCCACGUUUCACCCAGGAUGCACCGCGAGAUGACACGCAGGAUGGCAGCGGGACAGGCAAACUUUCUCCUGGUACUUUUACUUUCUCUGGCGUCUUCAGCCCUUUCUCAAGAUGACUUCUACUCCUUCAAGGUCAAGGACAUCAAGGGGAACACGGUCCCGCUAGAUAAGUACCGAGGAAAGGUCACCUUAGUUGUCAACGUUGCGAGCGAGUGUGGCUACACCGACUCUCACUACAAGGAGCUAGUCCGGCUCCAAGGCCACCUAGCUCCCACCAAACAUUUUACCGUGUUAGCCUUUCCCUGUAAUCAGUUCGGGGGACAGGAACCUAUGGGGAAUGCCGCCAUCGACCAUUUUGCCAAGUCCAUGUACAAGGCCAACUUCCCCAUGUUUUCUAAAAUAGAUGUUGUAGGGAGAGAAGCUCACCCUGCAUACAAGUACUUAGCAGAGUCGACCCAAGCCCCUCCCACGUGGAACUUCUGGAAGUAUCUGGUGGAUGUGAACGGGAAGGUGGUCAGCGCCUGGCCGCCGUACAACACCGUCGCAGACAUCUGGUCGCAGGUAGAGGCCGCGGUAAAUCGUGCCAGAUGGGAAAAGGGUCAACGAUCUACCGAACUUUAACCCUUACCUGUUCCUACUAAGGGU